AUGGAUUUCUAUGGCAAGACGACUCUCCUCAGCCUCAUGGACACCGAAAAGCCAGAACCACCACGAUCCCCUCUUCAUCUUCAUCUCCAGAACCACAGAGAGAUAAGCGAACAAGACCUUCAGUUCAGUCCCCCCGGGCCUUCAUCUGAUGGCAUGUUCCCUAUCAUGCCAGAUUCACCAUGGACGCUUUCCCCUCUCCCAACCCCUUCACCUUCUUUGCUUUACCACUGCAUCGCUUCGCUCCACCGCCACGAAGGUAACAUCUACGCAAUUGCAGCUUCAAAGGGUUUGGUCUUCACCGGCUCCAACAGCAGCAGAAUCCGUGUGUGGAAGCAGCCAGAUUGCAUGGACAGAGGCUACCUCAAAGCAAGCUCCGGUGAGGUGAGAGCCAUUCUCGCUUAUAGCAACAUGCUUUUCUCCACGCACAAGGACCACAAGAUAAGGAUAUGGACCUUCACCGUUUCAGAUAGCUUCAAGUCCAAGAAACUGGGAACUCUUCCAAGAAAAACCUCGAUCCUCAUGUUCCCCUCGAGAGGGAAGAACACGCCGAAGCACAAAGAUUCGGUGUCUUGCAUGGCGUAUUACCACUCCGAGGGCCUCUUGUACACCGGCUCCCACGACAGAACAGUGAAGGCGUGGCGUGUUUCCGACAGAAAAUGCGUUGACUCGUUCGUUGCGCACGAGGAUAACGUGAACGCCAUAUUGGUGAACCAAGACGAUGGUUGUCUUUUCACCGGUUCCUCGGACGGGUCGGUGAAGAUAUGGAGAAGGGUGUACACUGAAGACUCGCACACUCUCACCAUGACUCUCAAAUUCCAACCCUCCCCCGUCAAUGCUCUUGCAUUGAGCUGCUCGUUCAACCACUGCUUUCUCUAUUCGGGGUCCUCCGAUGGGAUGAUAAACUUCUGGGAGAAGGAAAGGUUGUGCUACAGGUUCAACCACGGAGGGUUCUUGCAGGGGCACCGUUUCGCGGUUCUUUGUUUAGCCACAGUAGGGAACAUGAUAUUCAGUGGGUCAGAAGACACCACAAUAAGGGUAUGGAGGAGAGAGGAAGGUAGUUGCUACCACGAGUGUUUGACGGUUUUGGAUGGACACAGAGGACCAGUGAGAUGCUUGGCUGCAUGCCUCGAGAUGGAAAAGGUUGUCAUGGGAUUCUUGGUGUAUAGUGCUAGUUUGGACCAAACAUUCAAGGUGUGGAGGAUUAAGGUUUUGCCGGAUGAAAAAAUGUGCAUGGACUACAGUGAACACUGUGAAGCCACAAGGGUGAAGAUUAGGGACUACGAUAUGAGCCCGGUUUUGUCACCUUCCUGGGUCGAGAAGAAGCUUCAAGGUAGUUAUUUUCAGUAG